AAGGUUAAAUACAUAGAAUUUGUAUUUUAUAAAAAAUAUAAAGCGUUGACAAUGAUAAUAAUAUGAGUAAUGAAUUGAAUUUAAAACUUGUAUUAUUUCCUGCCAUUGUUUCCUUGGCAACAGAUCUAUCCUCAUGUCAAAACAAUAUGCAUGCUCAUAGUCACAUGGUUGUAAAACAAGAAACAAUAUUAACUAGCUAUUAAAGUUUCAUGGUGUAUUAUUGCAAUUUUCGCUAUGUCUACGUUCAUAGAAAAUGUGCUUAUAAAGGAUGGGGAAUACUCUAAAAUAAUAUAUAAUAUGAUAAAAGAACAGCGGUAUGUCGAAACUAUUAAAGUUUUGCUAAAUCUCUUAAAUUCUCAUCCUAAUUCUAGACCCUGUUUAUCUCUUCUGGCCCAUUGUUACUUUUACACACAAGAUUUUAUGGCUGCGGCUCAGUGCUAUGAGAAGCUGGUCCAACUCUGUCCAGAGGAAAAUCUAUACAAACUAUACUAUGCUCAAUCCUUGCAUCAAGCUUGCAUGUACCCGGAAGCGUGGGCAGUUUGUUCAAGCAUUAUUAAUCAAAGUAACUUGGAAUUCAAGGUGAAGAAGCUGCAAGCGGCUAUUAAAUAUGGGCAGGAAGACAUGGUAGCUGCGAAGAAUCUUGUGGAUCAAUGUCCUGCUGAUGAUGUCGACACAGAAAUCAAUUUGGGGUGUCUUUUGUACAAGGAGGAGCAGUAUGAGCAGGCCCUCAAGAAAUUUGCGAAUGCAUUACAAAUUGCGGGAUUCAAACCUCAUUUAUCGUACAACGUUGCUCUUUGUUAUUUUAAACUGAAAGAGUACGCAGCAUCACUGAAACAUAUCGCCACUAUUAUCGAGCAUGGUAUAAGGGAGCAUCCAGAGUUGAGCGUGGGAAUGGCCACUGAAGGUAUCGAAGUUCGAAGCGUUGGGAAUACAUUGACACUACACGAGACAGCUCUAACAGAGGCGUUCAAUCUGAAGGCUGCUAUCGAGUACCAAUUGCAAAAUUACGACGCGGCGAAGGAGGCGUUAACGGACAUGCCACCGCGCUCCGAGGAGGAGCUCGAUGCCGUUACCCUACACAAUCAGGCAUUGAUAAACAUUGACACGAAACCAAGCGAAGGAUUCGAGAAACUGCAGUUUCUGCUACAGCAGAAUCCCUUCCCGCCCGAGACCUUCGCCAACUUGUUGCUCCUGUACUGCAAGUAUCAGUAUUACGAUCUCGCCGCCGAUGUUCUGGCUGAAAAUGUACAUCUGACCUAUAAAUAUCUGACGCCAUAUUUAUACGAUUUCUUAGACGCGUUAAUAACACAGCAAACCUCGCCGGAGGAAGCGUAUCGCAAGUUCGACGACCUCGCUAAUAAACAUACGGAGACGCUUCGCAAGGCGACCAAGCAGGUCCAGGAGGCGAGGCUGAAUCACGACGACAAUGCCGUGAAAAAGGCCGUGAACGAUUAUGAGGAGGCUCUCGACAGAUACGUUCCCGUGUUGAUGGCACAGGCGAAGAUCUACUGGGAUCUGGAGAAUUACACCCAGGUAGAGAAGAUCUUCAAGAAGAGCGUCGAGUUUUGCAACGAUCACGAUGUGUGGAAGCUGAAUGUCGCGCAUACGCUCUUCAUGCAAGAGAAUAAAUUCAAAGACGCGACACGUUUCUACGAACCGAUCGUCAAGAAGAAAUACGAAAACAUCCUCGAUGUGAGCGCGAUAGUCCUCGCAAACCUUUGUGUCAGCUACAUCAUGACAUCACAGAAUGCAGAGGCCGAGGAGCUAAUGAAGAAGAUUGAGAAGGAGGAAGAGGCGGUAUCAUUUGAGGAUCAGGACAAGAAGCUCUUUCACCUGUGCAUCGUGAAUCUGGUGAUCGGGACACUAUAUUGUUCCAAGGGUAACUAUGAAUUUGGCAUAUCGCGGGUGAUGAAGAGUCUGGAGCCGUAUAACAAGAAGCUCGGCACUGACACCUGGUUCUAUGCGAAGAGAUGCUUUCUGUCGCUCCUGGAGCAAUUGGCCAAGCAACUGGUGGUCCUGAAGGAUUCCACGUUGCAGGAAUGCGUUCAAUUUCUAGAACAUUGUGAAGUUUAUGGCAAAGACAUAAUGACGGUGGUAGACCAGCCAUUCGACAUACAGGACAUGCUGAACAUUUUACCUCAAGGCAAACGGACAGUCGUUUACGAGGCACGAUAUCUCAAGGCGUUAUUCUUAAAGUUACAAAUGUCUUAGAUGUAAAGAACAGUUCAUAUAUAAUAUUUGAUACUGUAUAUAUAUUUUGUCCGCUAACAUCUUGUGAUUAUUAUAAUUAACACAAUGCGUCGAGUUUGUAUUGCUUGAACUUGAAUUUCUCAAUCAUUCUCAAGGAUAUAGAAUUGAGAAUUCUUAAUAGUAUCGACAACGUGUAUAUACACAAUUUUAUAAUACGAUUAAUAUAAUUUAUUAUAUUAUAAUUAACUUGUAAUAUACUCUACUGACUGAUUGAUAAGAAUUAAAAAGAAUUUAAGUAAUAAAGAGAGAGUUAA